AUGGCUGCUACCGAUGCCGAUCAGAAAUGCUCUUUGAAAGGGCUCCCGGCGGAGAUCAGAAACGACAUCUUCGCACUCGCGCUCACAGAAGACCGCCCUCUCGCCGUUUGCACGGACGACUGUCCACGAAUGUGGAGUCAGACACCGCGAGAAACCAAACUUUUCUACGCCCUGCCACGUUCAAAGCAAGAUUUGAGAGUCCAUUACGACAAGUACGGCGCGAGAGACGACAUCGGUCUGAAGGGCUUCUGGCUCUUGUGGCUAGCCAAACUCGAGAAGAGGCCUGCCGUGCCGGCUUUAGCCUUGACGUGUCCUCAGUUCUUCCGCGAGGCUAUGCCGGUGUUCUAUGCGGUCAACGAGUUUGUCUUGAGUCGAGCGUACUCGGAGGUCUGGUCGACGGCGUUGUUUGAGGUUUUGAAGAGGCUUGUGAAGUUGAAUGAAAUGCCGAAGCAGACGAUGCCAGUCAGACGUGUCUGCAUCCAUGUGGAGAACUGCGACAACGAGAGCGUGCCGUCAACGGAAGACGCAGGCAGGGUCUACAUCACGCACGACCUCAUUUCCGGACGCCUUCACAUAUCUCCCGAAGGGAUGUUUGAAGGACUGUGCCUUUGCGCAGUGCAUAAUCUCGCCGCUGGACUUCGAGGCGAGGAGUGUAUUGAGGAGUUUGUUCGUUUGUUUGAGGAGCACUUCUACCCACAGCUUGUCAAUCACCACAGGAGUGGAAUUCUUCUACGGACGAGAUGCGAGAGAUGCGGCAGUGAAGCGUGGGAGACUUGGGAGACUUUCUGUAUACGGACUGGGAGGGGGCAUUUGUUAACUUCGACUGUCGCUGUUGCGCAGGGUGAGAGAACACGAGAUGACGAUCGUGCACUUGUAAGUGAGUCGAGGCAGAGCGAUAUACGAGACUACUUCGUCAGGCCGUGA